ACCGCGUGGAAGGGUCAAGCAGUGUACGACGUGAUCGAGGUCUUUCGGAAGAGCGUAACGGCGCCGGUCGACUGGUGCGGAUGUGCACAAUUGGGAAGGAAGGAUCUCGGGAAUAAGGUCUAUAGGUUCGAAGUGCUGGUCGCCCUUAUCCUGUCCGCGCAAACGCCCGACCUGAAACUUGAGCCCGCGGUCCGCAAGCUGCAAGAAGCGUUUCCCAUGGGCAUUACACCCGAUGCCAUAUUGGAAACCAAACCCGAGGUCAUCAGGGAUCACCUCAAAUGGAUAGGAAUGCAGAAUCAGAAGACAAAGGCUUUGAUAGGAACAAGUCAAAUAUGCAGCACACAAUACCACGGGGACAUUCCAACCACUUUCGAGGAGCUGUUAUUAUUGCCAGGCGUCGGUCCAAAGAUCGCUGCGUUGACGAUGUCUGCGGCAUGGCAUAAACACGUCGCCAUAGGAGUCGAUACACACCUGCACCGCAUCUCCAACCGGCUCGGCUGGGUAACCACCAAAACGCCCGAAGAGACGCGAAAACGGUUGCAGAUGGAGGUGCCGGAGGAGCUGUGGGGGCCGAUCAACCCGCUGAUGGUCGGGUUUGGGCAGGUGUUGUGCAAGGCUGUCAAUCCCGCGUGUGAGGCGUGCCCCGUGAAGGAGUUGUGCCCGAAGCGGGGGGUGAAGGCGGCGAAGAAGAGAUAGAUUGGAAGGCUUCUGGGGUUUGAUCGGCCUGGAUCGACGGCUGGUAGGAGGUAUGCGGCCCCUAGGAGUGGGGAGCGGAUGAUAGCAGCGGCGGAGUACCGUUGCGAGCGUCGUAGCAUUAGCAGCAUGUAGAGGUAGAAGGUCUUGGGAGCCACAGCAUUGGCUCUCCUGGGGGCAGAUUCAAGGUGGGCACGAGUUGAUUUAUCAAUGGUAGCCGAGAGAAAGCAGUCCGCCAACGGAAGACGCAAUGCAACAUGAUUCA